GAGCAGCUUUGCCGAUGUUGGGUUGGGGAAAAGAGCGAGUUGGUGCAGAACCUGGGAGAUCGUAUCCAGCUUCGUGCUGGUUAUGCGCCGUGUGACGGUGGAAAGCCACGUCCACGCUGAUCAUCUCGCCUUCUUCUUGCAGCCUCAUGAGGCGAGGAAGGCAUUAAUCCCGUUUUAUAGAUUGAGGAAGCGGAAAUUCGGGAGGUCACCUGAUACCAGGCCCUGAACGCUUCCUCUACGACCACUGUCCGCUCCCUAACUGUGCGGAGGUGGCUGGUGGCCAAAGGCAGCGAGUGAAGGGACAGGAAGCUCAGGAGUUCCGAAAGUGCCUCCUCUUCUCAGGGAAGCUGCAGCUUUGUGCAAGCAGGGAGGCCAAGGCGCCCUGCCGGGGGGACAGGAGCAGAUUUCCUCAAAACCAAGACUUGGGUCAGCGGAGCUCGGGCCCACCCCGCCUGGCCCCACUCGGCAUAGACACGGCCUGCAGGAUGCGGACGAGCCACCGGCGUGUGGCUUCACCUUGCCUGGCGCUGCACACUCCCCGGAGUGUCGUGCAAGCAGCCUCCGUGGGCUGAGUGUUCGCGUGAGCUAGCUGUGUGGGGGUGACGGAAACAUGACAAUGCUUUUCCUGCUCGCCAUCCGGGGGAGGGGGAGCGUUGCCUACGGAGCAGAGGGAACAUCAAAGAGAGUCCGGGAGCUUAGGGCCUCUGGCAAGGAGCCGGAACCAAGUGUUCUGGGACAGCCGAAAGGAGGAGGCCAGACAGCAGCGUGUCUGUCCUCCCACGUCCACCCCCGAGUACAGGGGCUCCUCAGACUCGGGGACGCUCCCUCCUCCCAGACUGGCCUGUGUCCGGAGAGCCCUCCGGCCCCUCUCCCCUUGGGGCUGGCUUCAGCCUGAAGAACUGAGGCAAGAAGGAUUUCUGCUCCCGCCCCGCUGGUCCUCCAGCUCCUGGUCCUUCUCCGGAGCCGUCGGAGAAUCGGAGCGCAGCCAGUUCCUUCCGUCCCCUUUGCAUUCUCCCCCCGAGAGGUUGACCGAAGGCAGAGAUCAUCAGGAAGAGUCGCUCACCCAGGGGCCAGCUGGACCUUCUGUGCCAUAAGUGCUACAGCUCACAGCGCGUGACACUGGGACCCUGAGGUGGACCGAAGGAGUCAGGGGGUGGUUGAGGUGGCCGGCCAGCUGGGUGAACCUGGGCAAGUGUCUCCUCUCUCUGGGACGUGAGGACUUGGCUCAGAUGAGCUCUGAAGUACGCCCAGCUCUUAGGGUACGGGGGCACCUGGCAAGGCUGGGGGAACACUGCAGGGCCUGGGCAGGGGCAGGGAGCCACUCGGGGCGCGCCUCUGCCUGAACCAUCCCAACCCUACCAGCAGGAGGAAUGGCACACGCUGUGGCCCGGCUCCUGUUUCUCCAGCUCCUUCUAGGGCCAACUCUGGUUGUGGACAUCAGGGUGCAGAUUGCCACCAAGAAAUUCCGCAUGUUACACAUCGAGUAUCCCAGGGUUAACUACCCAGAGGGCUUCCAGGGCUAUUGUAACGGUCUCAUGGGCUACGUGCGGGGCAAAAAGCAGAGCUGGUUUUGCCCCCAAACCCAUUAUAUGGUGCAUGCCCCCUGGAGAGAGAUCCAGAAGUUCUGCAGGUACAGCGACAGCUUCUGCGAGAAUUACAAUGAAUACUGUACGCUCACAGAGGACUCCUUCCCUGUCACCAUCUGCUCUCUGGCCUCUCAACAGCCGCCCACGAGCUGCAACUACAACGACACCCUAACCAACCAAAGGCUCUAUCUGCUCUGUUCUGGAAAGCGUGAUGCUGAACCGAUAGGUAUCAUUGGCCUCUACUAGGACAGGGAGGCUUUCAUUCUGAACCGCCUCCUACCCCUACCGCCCUCACACACCGCCUAUCCCUGCCCCACACACGCCCAAACCUCCCCCUACAAGGUAUCCUCUCUGACUUCAAAGCAGCCAGGAUCCGAGAGAGAGAGAGAGAGAGAGAGAGAGAGAGAGAGAGAGAGAGAGAGACCAGGAGGACAGGACAAACGGCCAGAGCUUCAGUCACCAUGCAAAGUCAUCCUGCCUCGCAGGCUCUUUCCAACUUGUUUACCUCCUUUCUUCCCCCAAUAUCCCCCUCUCCCACAGACAAUCUUACCCACCCAAGAAGCUGACUGUGUCCAGUUGGCAGUGACUGUCCAUCCGCUGGGCCAGAGCCUGAAUCCUGGAUGGAGGCCCGGAGCCUCGGCUCACACCAUGGCAACAGGCACCCAGCUCCAUGUCUUAACUCCCCAUCCCACUGCCCUCCUCCUCUCAGCCUUCCCCAGCUCCCUUAGGACUCUCCACUCACCCAUUCAAGCCCCGGGAGCUAGAGGGACCUCCCUGAGACCCUUAGACUCAAUCUAGCCUCACUGCUCCAGAACCACCAAGUUCCCAGUCUGUUCCUCUCUAUGAAAUCACCGAUCUUCUCUCCGUAUCACCUGUUCUUUUUUUUCCCCUCCUCCCACCGCAGAGCCCAGGGUGGAACUUCUGUUGUCGCCCUGGCUUCCUUUCUCUGAUCUUUUUUCCUUCCAUCCUUCUUACUGUGGCUCACUGGACUCUCAACUUACCUUCUCCGACCUGUUGCCCCCAAGAUUACUACGGUAUCCCUUUCCUUCCCCAAGCUCCUCGUUACACCCCCUCUUCCCCCGACCCAAACUCCAGGAUCUGCUGCUGACAGGACGGGGUGAGGUGACCUGGGUUGUAGUCAUGGAAGGUUUUAAAACCACAUCUGAAUUAUGUUAAGAUUAUAACCACUGGAUGAAACUGGGGAUGAAGGGUAGGUGGGACGUCUCUGUACUACUUUUUGCAUCUUCCUGUGACUCUAUAGUCAUUUCAAAACAAAAAUAUAAAAACACAUCCUGAAUCA